AUGACACAACUCCAAGUGAUCCUUGACAGACUCGCUGCAGAAAACUUGAAUGGUCCCAUAACACCUACUAGCUCUUCUGGAGGAUACCCACCGCGGACUCUGAGGAGGGCUUCUCACGAUGUCCAGAACUAUCAAGAAGAGGCUCAAGAAACAGACUCGCUUGAUCCAAAGUGGCUGGCUUUGUUUCAAGAAUUUUUUUUAGAAAAUAGCGACUCGAGGCACGAUGAUUUGUUGUUUUUCGUAAGACAGAUGCAUUCAGAGAAUGAACACUUGGAUCCAGUCUUUGUCAAAAGAAAAACUCAACCACAUGUUAUGCCACAACUAGAUGAUGCUGUAAUGUGGAAAGAAACGUUCUUUCUGAACUUGAUUGUCCAGCUCCCGUGUAAAUUAACAGUAGCAGUAUGUACUAGAGCAACCUUGCCGGACAAUUCGCAAAAGACAAGUAUGACGUGUUCACAUCGACACGUAUCAACACGAGUAUACGCUCUUCCAACAAAAUCACGCAUGGACAUAAAAGACACAUCAAUGGAAUGUUCCUAUCCGCUUAUCUAUUAUGUGGUUGAUGAUUAUGAAGAAAUGUUUGAACAAUUAAUUGUUAGAGAGGACGAGUAUCUAUGUGUAGAAUUAGCAGUGCCUUCAACUGAUACUAAGAUCACGUUAUUUCAAGGUGCCGCACCUUAUUCCGCAUUAUUGGAUAUUUAUAAGCAAAAGGCUUCUAGUAAGCUAAACAAGAGAUUCAAGAUGGGACCGGUGAACCCUCCGACGGAGUACGUUAUGAUGCGGGGACCUAACAGCAAAGGGCAUGCACAGGUGGCGAUUACUGCGGCUCCGAUAGAAAAUACACAAGAGACAAUCGACAUUACUUCCCCAUCGAGUUUUGCACCAUAUUCAACGUCCGAACCGUUUAACAAUGUUAAUGGUACCAACGUCUCUAGUACUGCAAUGAAACGUGGUAAUUCAGGAAACGGUUUUAAAUAUGACGAUCAGGCAUCGCCACAGCUACGUUCAGCAUCAUCAACGUCUGCUACAAUCUUUCAGUCGUUGAAAAAAUUAUCACAACUAGCUAUAUCAGAUCGACCAGCCUUAGAACCCGAGAGCCUUAGGUGUUGCAUGACUUUUAUUAACGUGCCGUGGACCAGCGUCGUCAG